CGAACAAUCAAGUUUGAUAACACAAUUUGCGUAACUUUAUUUUGUUUCUGACAUCGGAUACGGAUUUACGAAAAUAUGAAUUACAGCUACGUGCUUUUAGCAGUGUUGUUACUGACAGAGGAAAACAUCACAACACAAGCAUCAGAGGGCCAAGCACCAAAUGCCACCACACCCGCACCAGUCGUCACAACACCGGCACCAGUCAACACCACACCCGCACAAGUCGUCACAACACCGGCACCAGUCGUCACCACACCCGCACCAGUCGUCACAACACCGGCACCAUUCGUCACCACACCCGCACAAGUCGUAAUAACACCUUCACCAGUCGUCUCAAAACCGGCACCAGUCCUCCCAACACCCGCACCAGUCGUCACAACACAGUCACCAGUCGUCACAACACCGGCACCAGUCAUCACAACACCGGUAUCAAUCGUCCCAACACCAGCACCAGUCGUCACAACACCGGCAUAUAUCAUCACAACAUCGGCAUCAGUCGUCACAACACCGGCACAAGUCGUCACAACAACCGCACCUGUAGUCACAACACUGGCAUCAGUCGGCAUUACACCCACACAAGUCGUCACAACAUCGGCACCAGUCGUUACAACACCGGCAACAGUCGUCACAACACCGACACCUGUCGUCACAACAGCUGAUACAGACGUCACAACACGGGCUUCAGUGGUCACAACACCGGUACCAGUCGUCAAAACACCGGCACCAGUCCUCACAACAUCGGUAUCAAUCGCCACGACACCGGCACCAGUCGUCACAACAGCGGCAACAGUCGUCACAACACCGGCAUCAAUCGUCACAACAUCGGCCCCAGUCGUCACAUCACCGGCACAUAUCAUCACAACACCGGCAAAAGUCGUCACAACACCGGCACCAAUUGUCACAACUCCGGCACCGAUCGCCACAACACCGGCAGAAAUCGUCACAACACCGGCACGAGUCGUCACAACACAGGCAACAGUCGUCACAACACAGGCACCAUUCGUCACCACUACGGCACCAGUCGUCACUACACAGGAACCAAUCGUCAAAACAUCCGCACCAGUCGUCACAACACCGGCACCAGUCGUCACAACACCGGCACCAAUCGUCACAACUCUGGCACCGGUUGCCACAACACCGGCAGAAGACGUCACAACACCGGCACCAGUCGUCAAAACACAGGCACCAGUCGUCACAACACAAGCACCAUUCGUCACAACCUCGGAACCAAUCGUCACAACACCCGCACCAGUCGUCACAACACCGGCACAAGUCGUCACAACACCCGCAUCUGUAGUCACAAUACUGGCAUCAGUCGUCAUUACACCCACACUAGUCGUCACAACACCGGCACUAGUCGUCACAACAACGGCAACAGUCGUCACAACACCGACACCAGUUGUCACAACAGCUGCUUCAGUCGUCACAACACGGGCUACAGUCGUCACAACACCGGUACCAGUCGUCACAACAUCGGCACCAGUCGAUACAACACCCUUACAAGUCGUCAAAACACAGGCACCUGUCGUCACAACACCCUCACCUGUCGUUACAACACCGGCACCAGUCGUCACAACACCCGCACCAGACGUCACAACACGGGCGAAAGUCGUCUCAACACCGACACCAGUCGUCACAAUACCGGAACUUGUCGUCACCAUACCCGCGCAAGUCGAUACAACACGGGCAACAGUCGUCACAACACCGACACUAAAUGUCAAAACACCGGCGCAAGUCGUCACAACACCAGAAACAGUCGUCACAACAACGGAAUCGGUUGUCACAACACCGGCACCAGUCGUCAAAACACAAGCACCAGUCGUCACAACACAGGCACCAUUCGUCACAACGCCGACACCAGUCGUAACAAAACCGGCACCAGUCGUCACAACACCGGUAUCAAUCGUCCCAACACCGGCACCAGUCGUCACAAAAUCGGCAUAUUGCAUCACAACACCGGCAACUGUCGUCACAACACCGGCACCGGUCGUCACUACAACGACACUAGUCUUCACAACACCGGUAUCAAUCGUCACACCACCGGCACCAGUCGUCGAAACACCGGCACAUUUCAUCAAAACACCGGCACCAGUAGUCCCAACACCUGCAACAGUCGUCACAACACCGGCACCAAUCGCCAUAACACCAGCAACAGUCGUCACAACACCGGCAUCGGUCGUCACAACACCGGCACAAGUCGUCACAACAUCGGCACCAUUCAUCACAACAAAGGCACAAGACGUCACAACACAGGCACCAGUCGUCACAACACCGACACCAGUCGUAACAAAACCGGUAUCAAUCGUCCCAACACCGGCAACAGUCGUUAAAACACCGGCACCAGUCGUCUCAACACCGGAACUUGUCGUCACCAAACCCGCGCAAGUCGAUACAACACGGGCAACAGUCGUCACAACACCGACACUAGUUGUCAAAACACCGGCACAAGUCGUCACAACACCAGAAACAGUCGUCACAACAACGGAAUCGGUUGUCACAACACCGGCACCAGUCGUCACAACACAGGCACCAGUCGUCACAACACAGGCACCAUUCGUCACAACGCCGACACCAGUCGUAACAAAACCGGCAACAGUCGUCACAACACCGGUAUCAAUCGUCCCAACACCGGCACCAGUCGUCACAAAAUCGGCAUAUUUCAUCACAACAACGGCAACUGUCGUCACAACACCGGCACCAGUCGUCACAACACUGGCACCAGUCGUCAUAACAACGUCACCGGUCGUCACAACAACGCCACCAGUCUUCACAACACCGGUAUCAAUCGUCACAUCACCGGCACCAGUCGUCGAAACACCGGCACAUUUCAUCAAAACACCGGCACCAAUAGUCACAACACCUGCAACAGUCGUCACAACACCGGCACCAAUCGUCAUAACACCAGCAACAGUCGUCACAACACCGGCAUCGGUCGUCACAACACUGGCACAAGUCGUCACAACAUCGGCACCAUUCAUCACAACAAAGGCACAAGACGUCACAACACAGGCACCAGUCGUCACAACACCGACACCAGUCGUAACAAAACCGGUAUCAAUCGUCCCAACACCGGCAACAGUCGUCAAAACACCGGCACCAGUCGUCACAACACCGGAACUUGUCGUCACCACACCCGCGCAAGUCGAUACAACACGGGCAACAGUCGUCACAACACCGACACUAGUUGUCAAAACACCGGCACAAGUCGUCACAACACCAGAAACAGUCGUCACAACAACGGAAUCGGUUGUCACAACACCGGCACCAGUCGUCACAACGCAGGCACCAGUCGUCACAACACAGGCACCAUUCGUCACAACGCCGACACCAGUCGUAACAAAACCGGCACCAGUCGUCACAACACCGGUAUCAAUCGUCCCAACACCGGCACCAGUCGUCACAAAAUCGGCAUAUUUCAUCACAACACCGGCAACUGUCGUCACAACACCGGCACCAGACGUCACAACACUGGCACCAGUCGUCAUAACGUCACCGGUCGUCACAACAACGACACUAGUCUUCACAACACCGGUAUCAAUCGUCACACCACCGGCACCAGUCGUCGAAACACCGGCACAUUUCAUCAAAACACCGGCACCAGUAGUCACAACACCUGCAACAGUCGUCACAACACCGGCACCAAUCGUCAUAACACCAGCAACAGUCGUCACAACACCGGCAUCGGUCGUAACAACACCGGCACAAGUCGUCACAACAUCGGCACCAUUCAUCACAACAAAGGCACGAGACGUCACAACACAGGCACCAGUCGUCACAACACCGACACCAGUCGUAACAAAACCGGUAUCAAUCAUCCCAACACCGGCAACAUUCGUCAAAACACCGGCACCAGUCGUCACAACACCGGAACUUGUCGUCACAACACCCGCGCAAGUCGUUAAAACACGGACAACAGUCGUCACAAAACCGACACUUGUCGUCACAACACCGGCACCAGGCGUCAAAACACCAAAACCAGUCGUCACGACAACGGCAUCGGUCGUCACAACACCGGCACUAGUCGUCACAACCGCGGCAACAGUCGUCACUAUACAGGCACUAGUCGUCACAACACCAGAACCCGUCGUCACAGCAACGGCAUCGGUUGUAACAACACCGGCACUAGUCGUUACAAAACUGGCACCAGUCUUCACAACACAGGUAUCAAUCGUCCCAACACGGGCACCAGUCGUCACAACAUCGGCAAAUAGCAUCACAACACCGGUAUCAGUCGUCACAACACCGGCAACAGUCGACACAACAUCGGCUCAAAUCGUCACAACACUAGCACCAGUCGUCACUACACCCGCAACAGUCGUCAUAACACCGACAACGGUCGUCACAAGAACGGCAGAAGUCGGAACAUCACCGGUAUCAAUCGUCACCACACCGGCACCAGUCGUCACAACACCGGCAGAUUUCAUCACAACACCGGCACCAGUCAUCACAACAUCGGAAGCAGUCGUCACAACACCGGCAUCAAUCGUCACAACAUCGGCAUCAGUCGUCACAACACCGGCAUAUAUCAUCACAACACCGGCACCAGUCGUCACAACACCGGCACCAAUCGUCAAAACUCCGGCACCGGUCGCCACAACACCGGCAGAAGUCGUCACAACACCGGCACCAGUCUUCACAACACAUGCACCAGUCGUCACAACACAGGCACCAAUCUUCACCACGCCGGCAACCUUCGUGACAACAUCGGAACCAAUCGUCACAACACCCACACCAGUCAUCACAACACCGGAACAAGUCGUCACAACACCCGCACCUGUAGUCACAAUACUGGCAUCAGUCGUCAUUACACCCACACCAACCGUCACAACACCGGCACCAGUCGUCACAACACCGGACACAGUCGUCACAACACCAACACCAGUCGUCACAACAGCUGCUACAGUCGCCACAUCAUGGGCACCAAUCGUCACCACUCCGGCACCAGUCGUGACAACACAGGAACCAAUCGUCACAACAUCCGCACCAGUCGUCACAACACCGGCAAAAGUCGUCACAACACCCGCACCUGUAGUCACAACACUGACAUCAGUCGUCAUUACACCCACAGCAGUCUUCUCAACAUCGGCACCAGUCGUCACAACACCGGCAACAGUCGUCACAACACCGACACCAGUCGUCACAACAGCUGCUUCAGUCGUCACAACACGGGCUACAGUUGUCAAAACACCGGUACCAGUCAUCACAACACCGGCACCAGUCGUCAAAUCAUCGGCACCAGUCGAUGCAACAACCUUGCAAGUCGUCACAGCACAGGCACCAGUCGUCACAACACCCGCAACAGUCGUCAUAACUCCGACACCGGUCUUCACAACAACGGCACCAGUCGUCACAACACCGGUAUCAAUCGUCACAACACCCGCACCAGUCGUCAAAACACCAGCACAAGACGUCACAACACACGCACCUGUCGUCACAACAUUGGAAUCAGUCUUCAUUACAACCACAUCAGUCGUCACAACACCCGCACCAGUCGUCAGAACACCGACACCAGUUGUCGCAAAAUCGACACCAGUAAUCACAACACCGGUAUCAAUCGUCCCAACAUCGGCACCAGUCGUCACAACACCGGCACAUAUUAUCACAACACCGGCACCAGUCGUCACAACACCAACAACAGUCGUCACAACACCGGCAACAAUCGUCAGAACAUCUGCCCCAGUCGUCACAACACAGGCACAUAUCACCACAACACCGGAACCAGUCGUCACAACACCGGCACCCAUCGUCACAACUCCGGCACCGAUCGCCACAACACCGUCAGAAGUCGUCACAACACCGGCACCAGUCGUCACAAAACCCGCCCCUGUCGUCACAACACAGGCACCAAUCGUUACCACACCGUCACCAGUCGUCACAACACCGCAACCAAUCGUCACAAUACUCGCACCAGUCGGCAGAACACUGGCACCAGUCGUCACAUCACCGGCACCAGUUGUCACAUCACCGGCACCAAUCGUCACAACACCGGCAGAAGUCGUCACAACACUGGCACCAGUCGUCAAAACACAGGCACCUGUCGUCACAACACAGGCACCAAUCGUCACCACACCGGCACCAGUCGUGACAACACAGGAAACAAUCGUCACAACAUCCGCACCAGUCGUCACAAAACCGGCACAAGUCGUCACAACACCCGCACCUGUAGUCACAACACUGGCAUCAGUCGUCAUUACACCCACUCCAGUCGUAACAACAUCGGCGCCAGUCGUCACAACACCGGCAACAGUCGUCACAACGCCGACACCAGUCGUCGCAACAGCUGCUUCAGUCGUCACAACACCGGUACCAGUCAUCACAACACCGGCACCAGUCGUCACAUCAUCGGCACCAGUCGAUACAACAACCAUACAAGUCGUCACAACACAGGCCCCAGUCGUCACAACACCCGCACCAGUCGUCAAAACACCGGCACCAGUCGUCACAACACCCGCACCAGACGUCACAACAACGGCGAAAGUCGUCACAAAACCGACACCAGUCGCCACUACACAGGAACUUGUCGUCACCACACCCGCACAAGUCGUUACAACACGGGCAACAGUCGUCACAACACCGACACUUGUUUUCACAACACCGGCACAAGUCGUCACAACACCAGAACCCGUCGUCACAACAACGGCAUCGGUUGUCACAACACCGGCACUAGUCGUCACAACACCGGAACCAGUCGUCACAACACAGGCACCAGUCGUCACAACACAGGCACCAGUCCUCACAACACCGACACCAGUCGUCACAAAACCGGCACCAGUCGUCACAACACCGGUAUCAAUCGUCCCAACACCGGCACCAGUCGUCACAAAAUCGGCAUAUAUCAUCACAACACCGGCAACAGUCGUCACAACACCGGUACCAAUCGUCACAACACCAGCACCAGUCGUCAAAACACCGGAAUCAAUCGUCACAACACCGGCAUCAGUCGUCACAACACCGGCACAUAUCAUCACAACACCGGCACCAGUCGUCACAACACCGGCCACAGUCGUCACAACACCGGCACCAAUCGUCACAACAUCGGCACCAGUCGUCACAACACCGGCACAUAUCAUCACAACACCGGCACCAGUAGUCACAACACCGGCAACAGUCGUCACAACACCGGCACCAAUUGUCACAACACCAGCACCAGUCGUCAUAACACCGGCAUCGGUCGUCACAACAUCGGCACUAGUCGUCACAACAUCGGAACCAGUCGUCACAACACAGCCACCAGUCGUCACAACACAAGCACCAGUCGUCACAACACCGACAGCAGUCGUAACAAAACCGGCACAAGUCUUCACAACACUGGCACCAGUCGUCAUAACACCUUCAACGGUCGUCACAACAACGAAACUAGUCUUCACAACACCGGUAUCAAUCGUCACAACACCGGCACCAGUCGUCACAACAUCGGCACUUAUCAUCACAACACCGGCACCAGUCUUCACAACACCGGCCACAGUCGUCACAACACCGGCAACAAUCGUCACAACAUUGGCACCAGUCGUCACAACACCGGCACAUAUCAUCACAACACCGGCACCAGUAGUCACAACACCGGCAACAGUCGUCACAACACCGGUACCAAUCGUCACAACACCAGCACCAGUCGUCAAAACACCGGAAUCAAUCGUCACAACACCGGCCACAGUCGUCACAACACCGGCACCAAUCGUCACAACAUCGGCUCCAGUCGUCACAACACCGGCACAUAUCAUCACAACACCGGCACCAGUAGUCACAACACCGGCAACAGUCGUCACAAAACCGGCACCAAUUGUCACAACACCAGCACCAGUCGUCACAACACCGGCAUCGGUCGUCACAACAUCGGCACUAGUCGUCACAACAUCGGAACCAGUCGUCAUAACACAGCCACCAGUCGUCACAACACAGGCACCAGUCGUCACAACACCGACAGCAGUCGUAACAAAACCGGCACCAGUCGUCACAACACCGGUAUCAAUCGUCCCAACACCGGCACCAGUCGUCACAACUACGGCACAUAUCAUCACAACACCGGCACCAAUCGUCACAACACCGGCAACAGUCGUCACAACAACGGCACCAGUCGUCACAACACUGGCACCAGUCGUCACAACACCCGCAACAGUCGUCAUAACUCCGACACCGGUCGUCACAACAACGGCACCAGUCGUCACAACACCGGUAUCAAUCGUCACAACACCCGCACCAGUCGUCACAACACCGGCACAAGUCGUCACAACACCCGCACCUGUAGUCACAACACUGGCAUCAGUCUUCAUUACAACCACAUCAGUCGUCACAACACCCGCACCAGUCGUCAGAACACCGACAACAGUUGUCACAAAAUCGGCACCAGUCAUCACAACACCGGUUUCAAUUGUCCCAACAUCGGCACCAGUCGUCACAACACCGGCACAUAUCAUCACAACACCGGCACCAGUCGUCACAACACCGACAACAAUCGUCACAACAUCGGAAUCAAUCGUCAGAACAUCGGCCCCAGUCGUCACAACACCGGCACAUAUCACCACAACACCGGCACCAGUCGUCACAACACCGGCACCGGUCGCCACAACACCGUCAGAAGUCGUCACAACUCCGGCUCAAGUCGUCACAACACCCUCACCUGUCGUCACAACACAGGCACCAAUCGUUACCACAUCGUCACCAGUCGUCACAACACCGCAAUCAAUCGUCACAACUCUCGCACCAGUCGUCACAUCACCGGCACCAAUCGUCACAACUCCGGCACCGGUCGCCAAAACACCAGCAGAAGUCGUCACAACACUGGCACCAGUCGUCAAAACACAGGCACCAGUCGUGACAAUACAGGAACCAAUCGUCACAACAUCCGCACCAGUCGUCACAACACCGGCACAAGUCGUCACAACACCCGCACCUGUAGUCACAACACUGGCAUCAGUCGUCAUUACACCCACACCAGUCGUCACAACAUCGGCACCAGUCGUCACAACACCGGCAACAGUCGUCACAACACCAACACCAGCCGUCAAAACAGCUGCUUCAAUCGUCACAACACGGGCUACAGUUGUCACAACACCGUUACCAGUCAUCACAACACCGGCACCAGUCGUCACAUCAUCGGCACCAGUCGAUACAACAACCUUACAAGUCGUCACAACACAGGCACCAGUCGUCACAACACCCUCUCUUGUCCUAAAAACACCGGCACCAGUCGUCACAACACCCGCACCAGACGUCACAACACCGCCGAAAGUCGUCACAACACCGACACAAGUCGCCACAACACCGACACUUGUCGUCACCACACCCGCGGAAGUCGUUACCACACGGGCAACAGUCGUCACAACACCGACACUUGUUGUCACAACACCGGCACCAGUCGUCACACCACCAGAACCAGUCGUCACAACAACGGCAUCGGUUGUCACAACACCGGCACUAGUCGUCACAACACCGGAACCAGUCGUCACAACACAGGCACCAGUCGUCACAACACAGGCACCAGUCGUCAAAACACCGGCACCAGUCGUCACAACAACCGCACCAGACGUCACAACACCGGCGAAAGUCGUCACAACACCGACACCAGUCGCCACAACGCCGGAACUUGUCGUCACCACACCCGCGCAAGUCGUUACAACACGGGCAACAGUCGUCACAACACCGACACUUGUUGUCACAACACCGGCACCAGUCGUCACGACACCAGAACCCGUCGUCACAACAACGGCAUCGGUUGUCACAACACCGGCACUAGUCGUCACAACACCGGAACCAGUCGUCACAACACAGGCACCAGUCGUCACAACACAGGCACCAGUCGUCACAAAACCGACACCAGUCGUCACAAAACCGGCACCAGUCGUCACAAUACCGGUAUCAAUCGUCCCAACACCGGCACCAGUCGUCACAAAAUCGGCACAUAUCAUCACAUCACCGGCAACAGUCGUCACAACACCGACAACAGUCGUCACAACACCGGCACCAGUCUUCACAACACUGGCACCAGUCGUCAUAACACCUUCAACGGUCGUCACAACAACGGCACUAGUCUUCACAACACCGAUAUCAAUCGUCACAACACCGGAACCAGUCGUCACAACACCGGCCACAGUCGUCACAACACCGGCACCAAUCGUCACAACAUCGGCACCAGUCGUCACAACACCGGCACAUAUCAUCACAACACCAGCAGCAGUCGUCACAACAUCGGCAACAGUCGUCACAACACCGGCACAUAUCAUCACAACACCGGCACCAGUAGCCACAACACCGGCAACAGUCGUCACAACACAGGCACCUUUCGUCACAACACCCGCACCAGUCGUCAAAACAUCGGCACCAUUCGCCAUAACACCCGCACCAGUCGUCAAAACACCGGCACAAGUCGCCACAACACCCGCACCAGUCGUCACAACACCCGCACAAGUCGUCACAACACCGGCACCAGUCGUCGAAACACCGGCACCAGUCGUCACAACACAUUCACCAGUCGUCACAACACCGGCACCGGUCGUCACAACACAUUCACCAGUCGUUACAACACCGGCACCAGUCGUCACAACACAUUCAACACCGGCACCAGUCGUCAUAACACUAGUACCAGUCGUCACAACGUCAAAAGGCGUCAAAACAACAGUGCCAGGUGUCACAACACAAGCAUCUGGUGCAUACGUAUAUUCAAAGACGGAAGUGAAUAUUGCAGUGCCUCUGCAGGUUAGGCUUAAUACCACCUUCUCGAACGAAUUAAGCAAUUCUAGCUCGCCAUCAUUUAAAGAAUAUAAGAGCAAAUUUCAAAAAGCGCUGACAGACACAUUCAAAGAUGUCGAAGGAUUCCAAUACGUUAAAGUUCACAAUUUUACCAAUGGCAGUGUCGUUUGUAACUACGAGGUUGUGUUUCAAGGACGCACUAACCUUACAGGUGAAGAGACAAAAAUAAGUUCAGUUAGUGUAAACGUGAUUUUAAAUAACACAAGCUACACAGCGACAAUCAAUACGACAGAACUCAGAACCGUUUUUCUCCGAGCUUCACAGACCUCGGGAUGCCAGUAUGUUCAGAACCCAUGUGGUGUAGAAUACCGGAUGGACUGUAAUUUAGGCAACAUAGUUUGUCUUCAUCCGUGUGGUCAGCCCGAUGCCGUCCAUUGUAACGAACAUGGUUCCUGUGUGUAUGACCACAGGACGCAGUCUACCGUAUGCAGUUGCAAAGAAAGCGACACACACGUGUUUAAUGGGAAAUAUUGCGAAGUUAAAGUGGAAAAACUACAACUAGAGUCUACGUAUAUCGUUGCCAUAGCAGCCAGUGUGGGCGGGGUCAUAGUCAUCGCUGCGGCGGUGGCCAUCGUGUGUCUGGUCUACAGGCUGAGGAGGAGGAAUACUUUAAAUGAAACUGAUGAAAGCGGUGAGAGCAUUGGCCUAGAUGAUCUCAGAAGAUCCAGUCGGACACGCUCCGAAAACAGUGACGAAAAGUUCAGAGGUCCGCGCACAUCAAAAGAGACGACCUCAAACGGCUCUAUAGGUGACUUUGAAAGGUCAGAGGAAACGAGGGUACUGGACGGCAUGGAACACAAAGUCACAAGGGACGAGAAAGGCAAUGAGGUGUACAUCUACCAGCCAAAGCAACCACGUGACUUAGAUCGGCAGCGUCUGUCAACCGUAUACUCGUGUGCGUCAGAGGACAACGCGCAGACCGGAAGUAGCAUGUACAACUAUAUUGACACCGAGACGAAGUAUCAAAUCCGUCGACCAAAUGUCAGCAUCAGAACCAUUCGCAUUUGAGAUGGAACAUUCAGCAAAAAAGUAUUGUUUACAAAAUGAACGGCAUAAUAAUUGACAAUUCUACGAUACACCAUUGAACUUACAAUCGUGUGACGCAUUGAAUUACUUGAACAUUCAAAAGUUAAUGUAGGCAUAAUAAGUGAAAAUUCUACAAAACAGCAUUGACCUAUUAAUGGUUUAACGCAUUUAAUAACAUAAACGUUCAAAAGUUUAAUAUAGGCAUACUGACAAUUAUACAAAACAGCAUGGAGCUUUUUAUUGUUUGACGCAUAAAAUUGCUUUUACGUCCAAAAGGCGUUUAUAGGAAUUAUAAAUGAUAAUAAGUGAUAAUUUGAAAAAGCCUUGACCUUUAUUGAGAAUUUCACACAAUCCAUAUUGGAAAGUUAUUAAUAAUUGUUAGUUCAAAUGUCUCAUUGAUGUUUUUGUUUGCGUGUUUUCCUACGCAGUUUUUAUCGAUUUCUUGUUAUUAAUUAUAUGUAAUACGUCAAAAUGUUAUGUAUAUAUAAAACUAAUAUUGCUAAUACACGUUUGCAUGAUUGUUCAUAAUCAUUCCAUUAUCUUUUUAUACCUAAUAUAGUAUAUGAAUUUGUCAUUUGUCAAUUCUAUCAUCACUUACUUCCAGUAGUAUUAUAUAACUAUACAAUAGAGUUGCUGAAUUGUUUAUUGCAUCACGAGAUACUGUACAGGUUCCGACAAAAGAAUCGUUAACCGAUUAGAAUUUGUAACUGAUGUGAGGUUUUCAGUGGCCUCCACUUAAACGUAAGAUUUGUUUCUUUUAUCAAGGGAAACACAUGCGGUAUUUUUUACUUUUUGACAUAGGUGGAGUGAACAAGAGUGGAAUGUGGGGGCAUGUAUACUAUCAAUCUUUGCUAAGUGCGUACCUUUUAGCAGGUGAAUUCUUCAACAACUGCGCUUAAGGGCCAAAAUGGCCCUCUAGUGACAUGAUUACUAAAUCAACCAUACAUGGUAUAUAUCAUGUUUAUGUUCAAUAAAAUAUAUAUUGUAUCUUUUAUUAAAACUAUGUACCGGCAAAUUUUUUAUAUAUCACAAGGGUUUGAGUACUCAUACUGGUUUUAAUUUGUAUUUUGAACUAAAAAUACCAGCCUUUUGUUCAUUAUUGUUUCACAUUUUAGGAUAUAUGUCUUGUUUCAUCUUUUUUUUAAGUUUUCCCCACGAUCAACAUUCGCCUCAUUAAAUGCGUAAACACGUACAAAUUCA